GCAUGAGCAUCUCCUAGGAUGCGGCGCAGCAAGAGGCUGCAGGGACCCGCGCAAGGUGAACGCGGGGCUGCGGAUGCAGCGCUCAGGCUCAUCCAGUGAGAUCUGGAAGUCCAGGGCUCUAUUCCUAGGCAUCAGAUUAGACCAUGGCUCUGAGCACGUGGGGCUGUGUCUGUACUCUCCUGCUGUUGCUGCUGCUGCUGCUCCUGCCGUCCAUGGGGACUGGCCCAGCCUUGGGCAGGGGCCUUCCCAGGCCACUAGAGGACUCAGAACUCCACCUGAUCCCAUCAGAGCCCCAGACCUUUGAUCUUUUCUGGGAAAAGCCCAGAAACAAACGUCCCUGGCACCCUAGUGUCCCUCAGGCCUCUACUGAAGGUCCUGAGAAGUCUGCAGACUCUCCACUGGGCCCGGCCCUGCAUGGGCCCAAAGUGGCCCCUGGGGCCCAGGGUGAGCACCUCCCAAUAACCGAUGACCUCCAGCUGGCCCAAGGGCCCAGCUCCCAGGGCUGGACAGGACCUCCUGACUCACAGGAGAUUCUAGAAGCACAAGUCCCCCACCCAGUGGAGGCCCCCCACCUCACUUUCAUUCCUACAACUCCCAGUCUUCAACUCAGGGUAGCCACAGUUCCCCCAGCCCCACGAGAGCCUGGAGGCAUGGUGGGACAACGACCAACUAGAGAUGAGGGUUUGAAGGCCAAAAUGAAGACUGGCAUGCUACAGGCUUUUUCCUGGGACCACCAGAAUCCUCCCCAUACUCUGGUACCCCAGGCAGGUGUCGUGAGUAGGCCAGCACUGGAGAAGCAGGGUGGGCAUGAAGAGGGCUUCCAGGAGGCCAUCCAAGGCCCCUUCCUCACCCUGCAGGAUCCAGCAGCCCCGGAAGUUGGCUCAGCAACACCAGUUGAAGGGGCAUCUCCUCAGGAGCCUGGGCCCCACCUAAACCUGCCAUUGGCCAGAAGCCUUCCUCCUGCUGAGGAGAUGCCAGCUGAGCCCCCGCAGAAGGCUGGAGUUGGAGAGACCUGGGAAGUCAGCUCCCUGGCUCCCCUGCCCAAGCAGACUGGCAUCCCCGGUGGGCAGGACUCCCUAGCACCCCAGCCCACACCUUCUCCAGCCUCAGAUGCUCCUGAUGGGCCACUGAGACCAGCAAUAGCAGCAAUGAAUGGAGCAGAUCCUAUCUCCCCGCAGCGGGUGAGAGGAGCAGUGGAGGCCCCAGGCACUCCCAAGUCCUUCAUCCCUGUUCUUCCAAAUGCUGGUCUGGCUACAAAUGGAACAGAGAGCCCUGUGGGGGCCCUGCAGCCAGAUGAAACAGAGGAAUGGCCAGGGCGCCCCCAAAGCCAUCCUCCAGCACCCCCAGCCCAGGCUCCCUCGACAUCACGCCGCGGCCUCAUUCGAGUCACUACGCAGAGAGCCCUGGGCCAACCACCCCCUCCAGAGUCCUCAGCCAGCUCCAUGGCUCCAGCCCCAGCUUCCAGCCCCCCAGCCAAUGCCACUGCACCCCCCCUGCGCUGGGGACCUCUACGGCAGGUGCUGAGUUUUUCCUGGGAGCUCCAUGUCUAUGGAGUGGGGGCGCUCUUUCUGCUGCCAGCGUUAUUGGCACUAGCCACACUGGCAGCCGCCUUGUCGGGACCCCGGUUGGCGCUAGUAGCUGCCGUGCUGGUACUGGUAGCUUCGGGGCUGCGAUCUGCCUACAUGCUCACGGAUCCGUAUGGCUCUCAGGCACGGCUGGGCAUACGCGCAGGCCUGGUGCUCUACAACCUGCCCUUCCCCUUGCUACUCACUGCGCUGGCCGCCCUGACCCUGCUGGGCCUGGGUGCGAGGCUGCCACAGCCGCUACAGAACCGGUUCCUGCUGGGAGCCAUUGGAUUGGUGCAUGUGGUGGGACUGCUGGCCACAGACCUGUUCAACACCACGAGGCCUGUGCUCAACCUCCUGACCCAAGGCUUAUCUUGCGCCUGGGGCGCGUCCGUGGCUCUGGGCACGCUCUGUCUGUGCCGUCGGCGCCUGCUAGAAGGCCCGCGGGGCUGUGAUGCCAGCCCGGGCCCACGGCUUCUGGCUGUGGCGGGCUCGCUGGGGCUGCUGGCCAGUGGCUUACAGUUGGCGGCCUCGCUCUGGCUGUACCCGGGGCCAGGCCGGGAGAGCCGCUUCUCCUGGGCCUGGUGGGGAGUGCACUUCUGGCUGCGCCUGCUGGAGCUGACAUGGGCGCUUGCCCUGGCACUGGCCGCCGUGGCCGCCACGCGUCCCAGGCCUCCCACGGAGCACGCUUGCUGGGCCAAGCUGUUGCGCCUGGCAUGCCCUGCCCCGACCGGCAAGAGCGAGGUGCCAGAGAGGCCCAACAACUGUUACGCGGGGCCCAGUGGCCUGGGCACCGGGAGCUUGGACAUCAGCAAGAGCCUCAUCCGCAACGCUGCGGAAGGUGGGCAGGCUGCCACGCCGGGUUCUGGGGCCUGGAGCUCGGCUGCCUCGCUGGGUCGCGGUCGCCAAAGGGGUCCGGGGAUGUCCCGCAGCAGCGUGGAGCCCGCGCCGUCGCUGAGCGAACUGGACCUGCGGCCCCCGUCGCCCAUCAACCUGAGCCGCAGCAUCGACGCCGCGCUCUUCCGGGAGCACCUGGUUCGAGACAGCGUGUUCCGCCACUGCGGCCUGCGCGGCCUAGCCUUCCAGCCGCCCGGGGGUGCUCUGCGGUCUCGCCGAGGCAGCCAGCCCGACGCGGAGCUAGAGGGCACGGGCGUCUCGCUCCUCCGCGGACGCUGCCGCUCGCUCAGCGAUGUGCGCAUGCGCGGCCCGGUCCCGCACCAUGUGGCUGACCAGCCUGGCCGGGCCGCAGACGGAGGGGUGUCAGGCAGCUCGCUGGACAGCUUCUCCAGGGGCUCCCUCAAGAUCAGCUGGAACCCAUGGCGUCACGGGCUGUCGUCCAUGGACAGUCUGCCCCUAGAUGAACUGCCCAGCACGGUGCAGCUCCUGCCGGCCUCCACCCCAGCCCCAGUCCCUACUCCUGCCCGGGCUGGGGAGCCACAGGGUGAGGUCCAGCAGCGCUGCAAGCCCGGAGACUCUCGAAGUGCCUCCAGUGACACCAUUGAGCUCUGAGCUGCCAUCCAAAAGAACCUGGACCCUCUCUUCGAUGACUGUGCCAAGACAGUUGAUCAUUUGGAAAAACUGGCCGUCUGGGGCCUCCACCUGACUGCAGCAGCCCCCCUGGGACUGCUGGGCUUGAAUUCACCCCACCCAUUUCGGUUUUUUAAAAAUCUCUAUUUUUUUCAGCAGAUAUUUUGCACAGAGGCCGUGAGUUACACAGGAUACAGGGUGGACAUGCAUGAAUUUGAGCAUGGGGAAUAGGGAACAGUUGCUCCUGACUCCCUAGUGGAGAGACGCACCUCACUUGUCCAGAAUGACUGUCCUCUUUGUGCCAAAGAAAUAAACCCUAUCAAUUUGGCUCAAACCGGGAAGUCAAGCCAGGAUCCUGUACCCUAAUAGAGAAGACAGGGGGCUCCUCCCCACAGAAAUUCAAAGAGGCAGGCUGGAGAGCUGGCUCAGUGGUUAAGAGCAUCAGCCUCUCUUGCAGAGGACCAGGUUCAGUU